GACAAGCUCCCCCGCAAGCAACCGUCAAGCUCCAGGUAAUCCUUACUUAGCGCACGGAACAGCAUCGAGACCGCGGAUGCGACAGCGCGUUUCUAGAGCUCCCUAGGAGGAGUCCGUCAUAUGUAGCCGACAUGCGCAUCUCCAGGAGAGCCUUCGCGGCCGACGAGGAGCUGGGAAAGAAAGAUGAUGACCACCGACCUGCUGCGAGAGCUCCAUCCCUUCGUCCCGCAUGGAAAGCUCCCCGUCGGCGGCGCAUCGUGCUAGCCUUCGUGGGCUUUUACCUGCUCUAUAUAUUCUUCAAGAAUAUGCCCACCGAUUUGACACCUGCUGUCGAACGAUAUAAUCCUGAAUUGGCGCAGCUGCGGCAGAAGGGCCGGACUCUUCAGUCAUCGCUGGGCGCCAUACCUCAAGCUGUCAACCCGCAUCAACCUCCGCCGAGAGAGAACGACGAUGCAAAGGACAAUGCGAAAUAUUACUAUGAAGGGAAAGUCAGAUUCUAUAAUCUUGCAAAAUCGCUACGUCCCAACUCGCCAUCAAGCCAUCGUCGGGAACAUGUUAGUCGCGCCGUACUUUUUGCUGGCGCAGACCUGAAGAGCGUUGCGGACCUGUUACCACUUGCCUGCGAGAUGGUCCGUCAGGGUACAAACGAAGUACACUUUGCGCUCAUGGGAAGGGAUGACGUGUCGAUCCCGGGGAUUCAGAAGGUCAAUGGCAUCAGUGACGAGGACUGUCCGAUACAAUGGCAUGACGCGCGCCCUGACUACGCUCCCUGGUCAACUGGACCACGUAUGGAAAGGGCAGUUAGGUCCGGAUUGGGCUAUAUCCGAGAGUACAUAAAUCCGCAGGUCGUGAUAACGCAUGGUGAAUUCCGUGAGGAGUCGUUCUUCUGGAAAGCGAUAAAACAAAAGACAGACGAGUUAGGGCUGGCACACAUUCCUCUUUCACGGCCUGCGGUGGACCUCAUGUGGCUAUCGAAGUUAGACAGCGGCUCCUUGAAAGUCUGGAACAAAAUGCAAAUCGAGAUGCUGGUUCAUGCGCCGUCGGAAUCGUCGGGCUCCCUGAUCAGACUCCUGAAGUCGCUCGAAGGAGCAGACUAUCUCGACUCCGUCCCUAGCCUAACCAUCGAGUUGCCUCCGCGCGUUGACCCAGAACUACUACGUUUCCUACAGAAUACGAACUGGCCUCCUCAGUCAUCAAGUAAGGUAACUCUUCGUCGCCGUAUUCCAUCUCAGCGUAUGACAUCCGAGAUGUCUUCUAUUCGAACCGUCGAGGCCUUCUAUCCAAGAGAUCCAAACGUGACCCACGUCCUCGUUCUAUCACCACAGACCGAGCUGUCGCCUUCAUUCUUUCACUUCUUGAAGUAUACAGCUCUCAACUAUAAACACUCUGUUUCCGCCAUGAAUGUGUCAUCUGAGCUGCUUGGCAUAAGUCUUGAACUUCCGUCGUCUAGGCCAACUGACAACGAGCCCUUCGCUCCACCUUCGGAACCUAUGGACGUGCCACAAAGCCACGAUGGAGAGCAGUCUCCUUUCUUCCUUUGGCAAGUCCCGGACAGUAAUGCUGCGCUCUAUUUCGGCGAUAAAUGGGCCGAGUUUCACUCCUUCCUGUCUCACCGCCUCAGUGCUCCAGGUGAUUCUCAUGAUCUUUCACCAAAACUUAUAUCCAAGAAAUACCCCGCCUUUAUGGAAUACCUCCUUGAAUUUAUGCGCGUUAGGGGUUAUUAUAUGCUGUAUCCGUCUUUUUCGGGCAGGAACCACGUCUCAUUGGCAACGGUGCAUAAUGAGCUAUACCACCCUCCAGAAGAGUUUGUCGCGGAUUCGUCAAGCGCGCUUGCAGAGGCUGACAAAGACACCAUUGAAGACCUGCCGGAAGUUCUAUCUCCCAGUUCUGACUUGGAGCUGGGAUCCGUAGAAAGACCGCUUUUUCAUGGUUCAACCGUGGAGAUUCUUCUUCAACGGUUUCCAGAUCAUCUGCCGAAGCUCGAAGCUCUGCCUCUAUUAUCCUACAAGAGCGAGAAGCUCUCAGCACGGGAUAUCCAGCAGAGGACGAGUGAAUUUGCAAGGGAGUUCAGAACCAAGGUUGGAGGCUGCAAAGCGUCAAAUACCCCUGACGAUGCCGGCUUUUGGAAAAUAGGUGACUACUUUUGUCUCUGAUAUCGCUGGUGGCGUCUUUUGGUUUUCAACUUGGGUUGCAUUUGUACGGUAUAGCUUGUCCUGCCGGUAUGUAUCGGUCUACGGGGGUUGGCGUUUUCGACAGGUUUCUUGGCAGCUGGGUUUGUGCUGCUAUAUAGAAGGCCUAAUGGGGCUAAUCUUUUCCCUUGGGUGCUUUUAUAGCACUAUUGACGUAGACAACGAUGGUUUCUUGUCUUUUGUGCGGUUGAACGGCUAAGAAAGAUGCAGGAUCUGUUAUCUACUGCUGAGAAGUGCCCUAUCAACAGAAGAAUUGAUGCUGUUCAUAAAACGGGAAGCCAUUAUUUAGCGGAGCGAACAAGAACAUGUAGUUAAUAAUAAUAAUAAUGAUAAUGAU